GUUUGAAGAGGAUAAAAUUGGCGGGAACCACCGAUCUGCGAGGAGGUAAUAGGGCGGGAAAUCUGUCAGGCGGAGAGAGAUGGCAGUCGCAUCCUGCGGUGGACGGCGAAAAUGCAUCCAUCGCUCCCUCCCCAGGCUGCUCCUAGCUUUCAUCUUCUUCUGUCAGCAUUGACUUGCGGCGGUGCUGCAGGCUCUGCUUCUGCUCAAUCUGCGUCCUCGCGUAGGCGUUCCCUCCGAUAAGUUUACCUCACGACGGCAGGCUUCAUCUCAUGCUGUAAUCAAUAUCGAUCGAUUAUGGAACGAGCCCGUUCCACUACGCGCCGAUGCCAUCGUCUUGGUACGGGUAUGACGAGGUGGCGUGGCGGCGGCACCCUUCUCUUGCUGCAGCUGCUCUUCGUUUGCUGCCCACGUGGCAGAGCCUCGAACGCUGCUCAUCCGCCGGAUUGCUGCCGCGGCCUCGAGCACGUGGCCUACCGAUCCCGAUCCCUAAAGGAGUGGUCACCACAGGCGGCAUCGGGAUCCGGACACAACUCCACAACAGGUGAUGGCAUGGAAUCCGGAGACAACUCCACAGAUGAUAGCCUGGGGUUCUCCCUGCCGACGUACGGUCCUCAGCCUAACUCCACGAUACUGCCGCCAGAGGCCUCCGCGUCGGUGCCGGGGGUUCACAGCAGCGAUUUGGUACCCCCGCCAGAGUCCUCCGUAUCGCCGGAGCAAGAGGCGCGCAGCUUCGACUUUUCACCGCCGGCAAGCUCGUCCGCGGCGGCGGCGGGGGAGCCGUCAUCCCCACUGCCGCCGCCAGGGGGAGCGGCGAAGCCGAGACUGCGAGGAAGUCUGAGUCCGUCACCGCCGCCGCGAGUUACGUCCGUCGCUCCGUCUUCAUGGCGGCCAUGGUGUACAUCUAUCGUUCGAGAAAUGGUUGUCACUUCCGAUGGUCGGGAUCUGUACUACGUGGUCGAUGAUAGGUGCGAAUCAGGUAAUCAGACCGACCGCGUUCUGUUAUCGAUCAGGGAGGCUGGAACAUCGCUGAUGAGGACCGGGGCCGUUAGUCAAUUGAAUGAGAGAUUGGUCGUGAGCCAUUGGUGGCCUGCUUCGAUGGGAAACGGGUCCAAGUUUGAGUCGCCGAUAAGCAUCACGAUGGGCGGGAACGCUAGCGUGGAACCCAUGUCAUACGUGACCGGAAUGACUUUGUCGCCGAGCGGAACACAUCUGGUCGUGAUAACCGUGAAGACGGGCGGGGACGACGUUCAGCCCACGAUGACGUCUCUGUCGAUUCGAAGCGGAUACCGAUCGUCCGUCCCGAUCCCGGUCCGCAGGCCGACCGGGCUGGCGUUGGACCGAAGCACUAAGCCGCCACAGCUGUUUAUCGCGGACAGCACGCGAUCGGGGCUGCGGAUCGCCUCCAUCAGCGUCGACGAUAUCGGACUGCCGCUUGGCGCGCAGGACAAGUGGCGCGUACUCGAUUCGACGGGCGGCGGCAACGAGUCGAGAGUUCAGACAGGCGCAUUGGGAUCCCAGAGCAUUGUCGCAGACGGAAGUUGUCUUUACUUUGUAAAUAAAGAUAACAACAACAACCGUGUGAUGGGUUUAGAUCUGCGAUCCUCGGCCGGCCACGUCACCCUCGUCGCUGGGUCGGGGAGGGAUGGCAUUAGCGGACAGGAUUUCUCGUUCGGUGACCUGCGCCAGCUCGUCACCACAUCCGACGGCUGCGAUCUCUUCGUCACCGAGUUCCAGAACAACAUCGGCUUCAUCCGUUGGAUCAAGCUCCGAUCGCCCUGCGGUCCAGCGGUCAGCGUGGAGAGCCCGUUCGGGUACCCAGGGAAGACGCUAGUGGGGUUAGCUCUCGAAGAUCACGACGAUGAAUCGUUAAGGCUGCAUGUCGGGGCGAACGACGGUCUGGUGUUUUCCUCGAGCAUCCCCAAAAGCACCCUGCAGCGCUGCUCCAGUCGCGACCGAUCACGCAAUCGGCUUCUUGCCAUCGUCUUGCCCGUUGUCCUCGCAGCGGUGGUAGUGACUUUCGCGGCAGCUUUCCUAUUCUGGAAAAGGGGGAGACGCCUCCUGGCCGAGCAGCCAUUGCUCGGAUCGUCCUCAGGCACGCCAGGUUCGUCUUGUGGGCACGGCGGGGACCUUCGCCCGUGCGUCUUGAAGCGGUACUCCAUCGCUACGCUUUCGCAUUACACGAGUGGCUUCAGCGAGGCUUGUAGAGUGGGGGAGGCGGGAGCGUUCGGUGCAGUCUACUCCGGUGUCAUAGACGGCCUCGACGUGGGGAUCAAGGUGAUGGCGGGGAAGCUGACGGCGGAGAAGAGAGUGCAAUUCGCGGCGGAGGUGAACACCCUCAGCAGGCUCCAUCACGCUAACCUAAUCCAGCUGAUUGGCUAUUGCGACGAGGGGGACCGGUGCGUUCUCGUGUACCCCUAUUACGGAGGUGGAAGCUUGGACGGGCGCUUGCAUAAUCUGCAGAGGGCUGUCAAGGGGAAGCCUCCUGUUGCCCCCCUGACGCUGGAGGAGCGGGUGAGCAUCGGGAUCCAGAUCGCCAAGGCGCUCAGCUACCUUCACGAUGGCGCCACGCCGCCCGUUCUCCAUCGAGACAUCAAGAGCAGCAAUGUCCUGCUUGGCGCUGGCGAGGGGAAGAACAUCCAUGCCGUUCUCGCCGAUUUUGGAUUGGCGACGCUCGGAGAGCUCGUCCUCGACUCUACCCACGAGCAGUUCGUCUUAACCUCCCACAUUGCGGGGACGUUCGGGUACAUGGCGCCCGAGUACAUGCUGCGAGGCGAGCUGUCGGAGAAGAACGACGUGUACGCCUUCGGAGUGCUGGUCCUUGAGCUGCUGACCGGGCGAAGAGCCGUCUGGAAGUCGCCGACCGGGGUGGGAUGGCAGACGCUCGUCGAGUGGGCAAGACCCUUCCUCGACGAUGAAAGGCGCCGGGAUCCCGACAUCAACUUGCCGGACGCGAUUCUCGAUCCGCGUUUGCAGGAUCAGGCAGCAGGAGCGUCUGCUGCGAGGGCGGCCAUGGUGACAGAUAUCCUCCUCCUCGCUUGGCGUUGCGUGAGCCAGGAGUUUGAAGAGAGGCCCAGGAUGGGAGUAGUACUGCAGCGACUUCAGACCAUUGCCUCUGGAUGGCCUGGCGGCUUCUGAUGAAUGCACUAAAUAGGGCGAGCCCGGCGAGGUCGCGCUGGCAAAGAAGACUGGCUUCGAUUGGAACUCAGGGGUGCUUGCGUUUCAACAGGUCAUGGGUGUACCAACUGAAAUACUGGGCCCGUUUGGAACAGGCGCACUGGGUCAAAAUCGGCACAGGUUUCAUGAGCAAUCAAAGUGUACUUUUUCUCGAAAAAAAAAUUAAAAAACAAAAUCGGCACAGACAGAGGCCACUGACGGUUGUAACGUUUGCUCCAAGUGUAGGGUUUUUUUUUUUUUUUUUUUUGAAGGCCAGGUUGUUGUAGAGGCUGGAUAAUAGCCUGGAUUAUAGACAUCAUUCCACGUCUAGAAUGUAAGAUUCAGGGGUUCAAAGUGGUGUAGAGGGUCUGAGGAAAGCCGUACUACCGGUAGGGGCAACAGGUAGCAACAAGGUCCAGGGUAAAAAGAGGCUCUGCCUGUACCCCACGCCAGGUAGGCGACUGCAGGAAAUGCAGGGGUAAGGCCCAAAAAUAGGGGGCCAACUUUCAUACCCUUGAUUGUGAGAGGUAACUAUGCCUGCAGGGGUGCUUUGUAGCAUUCGUAUAGGAGAGUAGCGGUAGGUAGGUAGGGCAAAAGGUAAAAUUGAGAGGAAAACAAUAGCAUUGGUUAAAAUUUAAAACG